AUUAUAUCCUUUUUAAAUGUAGGCUGUGGUGUAAAAUAAUUGCCUUCGGUUUUAUUCGCCUACUUUUUGUAGGAAUAAAGCUAUGUUUAGAAACCGGUCUUCCGCGCCUGCAACGCUUUUUUUGAUUUUACAUGUUGCCAAGGCCGAGUGGAGUGGCUUUUUAUAUGGAGGUCGGAACUGGGCGCUGCUCGGCUGCUCAGCCAAUAGGAGCGGAGCCCUGUUGAGGUCCUUCGCGCUAACGGGUUGGGCUCGCUGGUGAGGCACACCGGGAUCUGCAGUUUCCAGUGGGCGAUGAUAGUGUGAGCGUUCAUUUCUAAAACCCUCCCUUCUGGACUACAACUCCCAGAAUCCAAAGCGCGCAGCUGAAGGAAGGACUCAUUGCGCACGUUCGGUUCACACGAGCUGGCAGGUCAUGAGCCCGCCUACUCUCAAUUCAUUGGCUGAGAUCCUAUCCUCUGUCGCAGCUGAGGAAUCCCAUUGGUUUCUCGCUCUGCCAAUCAACUGACGCACCGCCGACCUCGAGUGUGUUUGGUCAGCCAGAAACCGAGAACCCAGUCCGGAUCAUGGCGACUGGCUUGGUGAUGUUGUGUUGUUCUCGGCUGCUGGCAGGCGGACUGCGAGUUCGUAAAAACGUCUCACCCGCUGUCGCAGCGAUCAGAAUUACCGAGGAGCGGAAGCAAUGGUAUUCAGUCAGCCACUUGACCGUGCAAGAGAGAAUCGAGAAGAAGUCUCAGAGGGCGAUGCUGGGAGGAGGUCAACACCGGAUAGAUGCCCAGCACAAGCGGGGAAAGCUGACUGCCAGGGAACGUGUCCAGCUGCUCCUGGAUCCUGACUCCUUUGUAGAAUAUGACAAGUUUGUGGAACAUAGGUGUUCAGAUUUUGGUAUGGGCACAGAAGACAAUAAGUUUCCUGGUGACAGCGUGGUGACUGGUCAGGGCCGAAUUAAUGGACGACUCGUUUAUGUCUUCAGCCAGGAUUUUACAGUGUUUGGAGGAAGUUUGUCAGGAGCUCAUGCUCAGAAGAUCUGUAAGAUUAUGGACCAGGCUUUGUUGGUGGGAGCUCCUGUCAUAGGACUGAAUGACUCCGGAGGAGCACGUAUUCAGGAAGGUGUAGAGUCCUUAGCUGGUUAUGCCGACAUUUUCUUGAGAAACGUACUGACCUCGGGAGUCAUUCCUCAGAUAUCCCUUAUUAUGGGCCCUUGUGCUGGUGGUGCUGUCUACUCGCCUGCUUUAACAGACUUUACAUUUAUGGUGAAGGAUACCUCUUACUUGUUCAUCACUGGCCCUGAUGUGGUGAAAUCUGUUACAAAUGAGGAUGUGACUCAGGAAGAUCUCGGUGGUGCUAAAACACACACUGCAGUCUCAGGUGUUGCACACAAGGCUUUUGAAAAUGAUGUUGAUGCCUUAUUGAAUUUGAGGGAGUUUUUUAAUUUUAUACCUCUGAAUAAUAAAGAUCCUGCUCCCAUCAGGGAAUGUCAGGAUCCAUGUGACCGGUUGGUGCCGAGCCUGGAUACAGUGGUUCCUUUGGAAUCUACAAAAGCAUAUGAUAUGUCAGAAAUCGUCAGUGCGAUUGCAGAUGAAAGGGAAUUUUUUGAGCUCAUGCCUAAUUAUGCAAAGAACAUCAUUAUCGGAUUUGCCAGGAUGAAUGGAUACACAGUGGGAAUUGUUGGUAAUCAACCUAAAGUUGCUUCGGGUUGUCUGGACAUCAAUGCUUCAGUAAAAGGAGCUCGUUUUGUCAGAUUCUGUGAUGCAUUCAACAUCCCCAUCAUUACAUUUGUGGAUGUACCUGGAUUCUUGCCAGGAACUAGCCAGGAAUACGGUGGAAUCAUUAGACAUGGUGCAAAGUUGCUCUAUGCAUUCGCUGAGGCUACAGUGCCCAAAAUUACAGUGAUCACACGAAAGGCCUAUGGUGGUGCAUAUGAUGUAAUGAGCUCCAAACACUUAAGAGGUGAUUUGAAUUAUGCUUGGCCAACAGCUGAAGUUGCAGUUAUGGGCGCUAAGGGUGCUGUGCAGAUUAUUUUUAAAGGGAAAGGGAAUGAGGUCAAGGCAGAGGCGGAAUAUGUGGAGACAUUUGCAAAUCCAUUCCCAGCAGCUAUAAGAGGUUUUGUUGAUGACAUAAUCGAACCGGCAACCACUAGAAAGCGUAUUUGUCGAGACCUAGAGAUGCUGGCAAACAAGAAACAGACUAACCCUUGGAAAAAACAUGGCAAUAUUCCCCUGUAAAAUACAAAGCUUAUAAAGAUGACAAGCUAAAAAAUAGAACUUUCUUUAUACCCACAAAAAGUGUCGAUUCACUGUUAACAAAUAAUGCUGUCUGGAAUCCCCACAUCAUUCAGCAAGAAUUAACUAGAAAAUAAAUGCUGUAUUUGUGAAUUACUGGGAAAUAAAUUAUUUUUGUGAGUCUUUA